AUGUGGAGCCGAUUAAGAUUUCUCUCAAAGCCCGUACAAAAUCAUCUUCGCUAUAUGUGGCAGCCUAUUUCAAGCAGUAAUUCAAGCAUAAAUAUUAAUAGAUAUUUUGCAACUAGCUUAGCUUCAGUCGAGUCAGCUGUAAUCGAGCAACUUAAAAACGCAGAAGGUGUGGAAGUGGAUAAGGUGACAAGUAAUUGCUUUUUUGAUGAAAUUGGAUUGGAUUCACUUGCUGAAAUAGAAGUUCUCACCGCUUUGGAAGAAAAAUUUGGAAUUACGCUGACUGGGGAAGAUACUGAUGAAGUUAGGGGUGUACCUGACUUAGUAAAGCUUAUUUUAAGUAAAGUUAAAUAA